AUGAAGAAGAAAAAGAGAACAGCAACAGCGAGAACACCAAAAACGCCGCGCUUCUUCCUCGUCUUCCUUUUCCUCGCGUUCGGGAACACCCUUUCUGGGAUUCAAUCGUUCUCGUAUUCAUCGAAAGAUGAAGAAAAUCAUCCGCCAACGCCGGACACGAUGCGAGAUUUCAUCAUCCCGUUACCGUCGCCGUUUUUCUUCACCAGAACGGAACGAAGCACCGAAAAAGACCAAGAAGCAACGCACCGGUACGAAACGACGAUGAACGGGCUCGGUUUUGGCGCUUCGUCGUCGUCGAAUCAUCAACAAAAGCAAGUGCAAAAAAUCGUCCACAGAUUGCUCUCAAAAGAGGAAGACAACGAAGAAGGAGAAGGUUUCGCGCAGACGUCGAUGAACAUCGUUCGAGACGAUGUAAAGGCGAAUUUUUUCUACGGGUACGCGGAAUCGGACAAAUGGUACGAGCGAGAACAGAUUGGUAAAGAAGAGUUCGGCACGGGGAAGAUUGCGGACACGAAACAUCACGUGAUUAAGACGAAGAUUCGAACGACGCAAGAGUUGCAAUUCGGCGCGACGGUGGUGGAACAUCCGGAUCCUCCGGGGAUGGCGAAUGAUGGACACGGGGAACCGGAGAAGAGUUUGAACGCGAAGCAGGAGGCAAUGAGAAUUUUAGAGGCGCAGAGGAGAGCGAAGGAGGAGUUAUUGGCAUUAAAUACUAUGAGGACGACGACGACGACGACGACGAACAGCGUCGAGACGGAGGAGAAAAUAGCGGCGAGAGAAGCGAAAAGAAAAGCACACGCCGAACAGGUGAAACAGAAACGAAGAGAAAAGAGACGCUCGAAGAAUUCGUUCCAAAACAUGGAACGGUUUAAGCGAGACGCGAUCGUGAGUGGCGAACGAAUGGGGUGCGAAUUGUGCGAUUCAAUCGCGAUUGAGUGUUUUAAAGAGUUGCGGUGGAAGUAUUUGAUGGAGAGAAACGCGUUUAAGAAUAACGAGUACGAGCCGGCGGAGAAGGCGGUGAUGUCGUGUCUGGUGAGCAAGUGCGGAGGCGUGACGGCGAAUCCAGCGAACGCGAUGAAAAAUCGAGCGGUGGUGCCGGUGCCGAAACCACCGAUGACGGAUAAUAAAAAUAAUAACAGAGAAGAUCCACAAGAGGAGCAAAACUUUGGAUUGGCGUCGAUUGAGUUAUCGACGAUUCGAGCGCCGAUGACGCACUUCGAUUCCUACGCGUUAACGACGGCGUGCGAAGAGGCGUUUGAUGUUCAAACCCGGAACGAUGUGGCAUCAAAAAUAGCAAACGCGUUGAAGGAUUUACGAGACCGAGAUGAAUUCGUUCGCAGCGAAAGAGCGAGACGAGGCGAGAUUACCUCGAAAACGACCAAAAAAGAUCUGUUAGCGGAGGACGCGAUUGGCAUCAACGCGGCAAAGCUUGGAUGCGCUUUCGUGUGCGAGUUGAAUAAAAUGCACGUAAAAGACGAAUCGAAAGAAGAAGAAAUAGAAGAACAACAGUGUUCGUCUGGAUUUAGCAAAGAAGAGGGAGAAGGAGAAGAUGGACAACCGCCCCCUCCUCCGAAGUGCGCCACUCCUGAGGACGUGCAGGACACCGCUGCAAACGACUUUGACGACGACGACAACGACGACGAUUACGAAGAGGAUGUAAACUCGCGCGAACGCCACGACGAAGACGCGAACAGAAACACCCGCGACGCGCAUCCUCCUCGAUUUUUCACUCGCGCGCAGCACUCCAAAGCCCGUUUCCUCGCUCGAAGCGCGUUACGAAAAUUAGGAUGCCAUCGAUCCAGCUCUGGAUGGUGGUCGUACGAAAUUUGCUUCGAGCAGAACAUCACGCAAUACCACGCGACGUUCGACAACGCUCAGAAACGAGUCGUCAUCGACACGAGCACGCAAUCUUCCCUGGGUACUUUCAGCGCCUCAGGCACCGAAGCGCGAUUACACGCGCUUUACGGCGGCAACGAUCAUAGUCAUCGACAUCAACACCACCAAAAUCACCACCACGCGCCGGGACGCGACGGUGAAGACGACGCCCAACUCCUCGUGGACGGAUUCGUCCCUGACAAAGCGUUCCUCCCAGGCAUGACCAAAACCUUACCCGGAUACGUCGUCGCGCACUUGAAAGGCGCUUAUUGCGACGCCAUAAACGCCCAUCGCGAAUCCGUCGUCCUUUACGCCUGUUCCAACGACUUACAAACACACGUCAAAGUUUACGAACAAAAAACGUGUAAGUAUAUCGUCGUCGUCUUCGUUAAAGAGUUGUGCGUGUUUAAACACUUUCAAAGAGAGGAAAACGUUUUGAUUCGAGCCGUGAAGUAG